CGGGAGAGACGAGAGACUGUGACUGUGACUGUGCAUACUCGAAAUGGAAGUUGCAUCCAUUCGUGUCGACGAGUUUUGGCAGGAAACGUAGUACUACAUAUACAGUACGUUCGUGCUGCAACAGUUAUAUAGCAGUUUUGGACCAGCAUCCCGGAGAGAGAGAAGCCCCGUCCUCUUCAAGAACAACAUAGAGGGAGAGACUAUCCCCAUCUGACAAAUGCGGACCGACGACGUCCUCACCGACACACCUCCGCCGACAUGUCCCAUUCCGCCACGGAACCCUCGCGCAAAACCGCCACGGAGGCAGAUCGUCUUUGUCGACCCGGAGGAUAACACUUCACCUUGGUGGUGGCCUGCAAUGGUUGUGCCGAAGGAUGAGUUUCAUACGUUCAAGAAGAGUGUGAACGGACAGGUUACGAAUCCGAGGGAAGGCGAAUGUGUCGUUGUGUACUUUGAAGAUGCUUCCUUCAACAUAGUCCGCGAAUCCGAUUUCAAAGCCUUCUGCCCAUUCCGCCCCCCUUACACCUCCUACGUCGACGGCAAGAACGGCAAAGCCUUCUGCACCGAUAAAGCUGUAAUCCUCGCCACGCUCUACUGGGAAUCCGGCAAAAUCCCGCCUGCUUUCACCUGGCUCCAGAGCUGCGUGUUUGAAGACCGCUCGAAAGUGCCUCGGUUGCACUCAGACGACGCGGUGGCUGCUGCUGCGGCGGCGGCGGCAAUCGCGGAUGGGAAGAGGGAGAAGAGUGGGGAGAAUGAGGAGGAUGGUGGUGGGGACGCGGGGAAGAAGAGAGGGUCGGGGGCUGUGAGUAGGAGGACGAGCCAUACGGGCUUGGUGAGGAAGGACUCGAUGAAUAAGAUGGGGGUAACGAAAGGCGUUGAGAAGCAGGCUGGACCUAAAAAGGCCCACGCAACACUCGCAUCCACGAAAACCAACGGCUCCCUCAAAUCUUCGCUGCCCGCAAACAGCAUCGCUGCCGCAACCGCAAUCACCCACGCAAAACCAAAACAAACGGCCAAAACCUCACAGGGACAAGCACAUCCCACAAUCUCCCGCCUGGGCACCAAGCGCGCCCGCGACCCCCUCCCGCCCUCCACAACCUACCCCUCCCUCUCCACCUGCUCCAAAUGCAAUCAACCCAACCCCAACAAAUCCCGCAAGACUACAGCAGCAACACCACUGCGAGCGAUGGUCGUCCCCAUCGCCAACGAAACGGGUAUCGUGCCGCUGGCGCUGUGUCAGAGCUGUCGACGGCUGUUGGAUGAGUGUUUGCCGGCGCCGCAUAUUGUGGAGGAGGAUGAGGAGGGGGGGUGGCGGCCUGAACCUAGAGACCUGAAAUUCCUACGCAGAGUGCUACCGGAAAGCAAUCGAGAUAAAUUGGUGCGGCAUUACCAAGCCCUCCAACAAACCCUAACCGCAGCCCACCCCAGCCCGAGCAUACCCGCACUCGCACCCGCACCACUUCUCCCCACGACAACAACACCAACAUCGCCACCCCCAACCUCCCAACCAUCAAAUCCGAACUUAUCCCUACCCGCCUUACCACCAGCACCCUCCCCAACCUCACCCAUAACAACCGACGUACCACAAUCACAACCACAUUCAUCACCCUCCCCACUCCCCCCAAUCGAACAACAAAAUGGACAGGCGAGCGUUAUAGACGCUAUACCCCCGCCGCCACCGCCUCCGUUGGAAUCGGAAGUGGAAACGGAAGUGGCGCCGCAGCCUAUGGAGGUUGAUGUUGCGCCAUAGUUAAAGUUACCUGACGGUGGAUGGUACCAUUGUUUAACGAUGGUGACCAUGCCAGACCCAUGUACACACAGUUUUGUUUCAAAGCGUGAAAGGAAAUGUUGGUUUUGAAAUGAUGAAAAAUGCAAAAAGAGAGUUUUGUAUCGCAUCGCUCACUUUCCCACGGCGCAUUC